AUGGCAUCAGCCUCCAAGUACCUAUCCAAACUGCAAGACAAGUCAAUCCUCAUCGUCGGCGGUACAUCCGGCAUUGGUUUCGCCGUCGCCGAGGCUUGCCUUGAGUACGGUGCGAAAGUUGUAAUCGCCGGCCGAAGCCAGUCCAAGCUCGACGAUGCCCUGAGCCUCCUUGUAUCAACAUACCCAGAAGCCAAGGAUAGUGUCCGUGGACAUGUUGUUGAUCUAAAAAACGACAUCGAGGCCAGUGUCACCAAGCUUCUCGAAUUUGCGACGGUGGGCGGCCAGGAGAAGCUUGACCACAUUGUGAGCACUGCCGGUGAAGGAACAGUUGGUAUUACAUUGGAAAAUGCGACCGAGGGAAACGUAAUUGAUGCCGGCAAGAUGAGAAUCGCCGGGACACUGUUGCUCUGCAAGAUAGCACAGGGCUACAUGAACAAGGCUCACACCUCAUCCAUCACGUUUACCGGCGGCGUAGCUUACUACCGGCCCAUGGAAGGGCACAGCGUAACAGCAGCUACCGCAGGGGGCAUGGGCACCAUGGCCCUGGGGCUUGCUGUGGAUUUGAAGCCCAUCAGGGUGAACAUGAUGUCUCCCGGAGCGAUACGGACAGAGCUAUUGCAGAAUCUGGUCCGAAGCGCAUGGGGUGCGGAGGGCGAGGAUAUCUUUGCGAAGAAGACGUUGCUUGAUCGGAUUGGUAGCCCGGAGGAUGUUGCUGAAAUGUUGUUGGGGAUUAUGAAGAGCGAUUACAUCACUGGGCAGGUUAUCCAUGUUGAGGGUGGCUACCUGUUGAAGUGA